AUGGUUCGAGCCAGUAUUCUUCACGCUUGUCUCAUCACAGCAUUCGUGUCGGCGAGCGUCCUCCCAGUCGAGCCUUGCAAGAAUGGAACAGCCACAAUCUCGACGCGACAGCAAGAACUCAAGCCCAUGAACUCCAAAGAGCUGGAAGACUCUAUCAAGGAAGAAGCUCUCCUUCAGAAGGCGCGCGAACUGCAAGAUGCCGCGUACAAGUCCCCGAUGAGGAACCGAAUGUACGGAACGCCUGGCCACGAAAAUACACUUCAGCUCAUUGAGAAUUAUUUGAAGACUGUUGAGGAGCAUUACACGAUCGAGCGACAGGAAUUCAAGCACAGUGACAAUGACCACCAGGAAUGGAACGGGACUUUCACCGUGGCUGGGAAGCAGUACGAUCUCGCAAUCAAUCGCCAUUACUACGGAACGACUGACUCGACUUCCACUCACAACAUAACUGGCAAGAUUGCGCCCAUCGCGAAUUUUGGGUGCAAUCCGUCAGACUUUCCGCCAAAAUCAGACCUCCAGCACACCAUCGCUCUGAUUCGAAGGGGAAAUUGCACGUAUGAGGAAAAGUUGGCCGAAGCAAAACUGUCUGACACUAGGGCGGAAGCCGUAGUCAUAAUCAACAACUCUACGGAGCCUCUGGCAAAGGCUGCAGAGCUGACCUCGUUCGGCUGGCCCAAGCAGGACUCAGAGCCACUCAUUGUGAUCUCUCAAGCGGAUGGUGAAGCUCUUGCUACCAUGGCCGCCAGUAUCUCAACUGAGGGUGUGCUCCAGAUGCAAGAACUUCAGGAGAAGAGAAAGACGUACAACCUCAUUGCACAGACCAAGCGAGGGGAUCCGGACAAUGUUCUUGUUGUCGGUGCUCACUCCGACUCAGUCUUCGCCGGUCCUGGCAUCAACGAUAAUGGCUCUGGUCUCAUAGCGAUCCUUGAAACAGCUCUUCAUCUGCCGAAGUAUGCUGUCACAAAUGCCGUUCGCUUCGCAUUCUGGUCGGCAGAAGAGGUUGGAUUGGUAGGUUCCGAGAAAUAUCUCGAGAGAUUGCACGACAGUGAAAAGGACAAGAUCAGGCUGUACUUGAAUUUCGACAUGAUCGCCUCUCCGAACUUCGUCUAUGGUCUCUAUGAUGGGAACACGAGUGAAUAUGCCGAUGCACCUCUUCCAUCAGGCUCUGCGGAAGCGGAACACUUCUUCCAAAAGUAGUACGAUGGACAAAGGCUGCCGCACAUGAAUAUGGACUUCGACGAGGGUUCGGACUACUUCGAGUUUCUGAUGGAAUGCAUCCCAUCAGGCGGCAUCGUCACUGGCGCCGAAGAGAUCAUGACCGAGGGACAAGCUGCAAAAUUUGGUGGACGAGCAGGAGUCGCUGCCGAUGAGAACUACCACGGCUUUGGAGAUACCGUUGAAAACCUCAAUAUGACUGCAUUUCUCAACAAUGCGAAAGCCGUCGCUGCCGGCGUCGCGCACUUCUCGACGACUUUCGAAUCGAUCCAACCAAGGAACCGCAGCUGUGAAUGGGUUCGAAAGAUAAAGGAGGAGGAUUUGUGA